AUGGAUUCACCUCAAGUCCCAGCUGCAUUAUUCCGCAGAAAAAAGGAAUAUAAACGUGGUAUCUCGUACUCAAUUCUUUUGCUGGGUAGAAAUGGUACUGGUAAGACAACUUUUGCUAACAAUUUACUAGAGACCAAUAUAUUUUCUCAUCAAUACGAAUCCGAUAUUAACUCAAACAAUAUACCUAGUGUAAUCUCAGACAGGAUUAAGGUGACAAAGCCGACUAAAGUGGUCUCUUUCACCUCAAAUGACGGUUUACCAAACCAAUUUAAUACUAAGUUUGAUCCAUCUAGAUCCCAACUGGAACCUGGGAUCACAAUAACCUCCACAUCAAUAGAGAUCAUCACGAGUGCUGGUAGUAGUGGACCAGGUUCUGGAUCUGGACCAAAUCCUGGAUCCGACACACCGUCCCCUUCUUUAAUGGAUGACGAAGAUGAUGAUAUUAUAAUGUUGAAUUUAAUCAAUACGUAUGGCAUAGGUGACAAUUUAGACGACUCCAUCUGUUUUGAUGAAAUUACAUCCUUUUUGGAACAACAGUUUGAUUACGUUUUAGCAGAAGAAACAAGGAUCAGAAGAAACCCACGGUUCGAAGAUUCCCGUGUCCAUGUGGCGUUAUACUUCAUUGAACCUAAUGGACAUGGGUUGAGUGAACUGGAUGUUGAACUAAUGAAAAGGGUUUCACGUUAUACAAAUGUCUUACCGAUAAUUUCAAAAGCAGACAGUCUAACAAGGGAGGAACUAAACAAUUUUAAAAAAAUCAUAUUGGAGGAUAUUCAAAGGUAUAGUGUUCCUGUAUUUAAAUUCGAAGUUGAUCCAGAUGAAGAUGAUUAUGAGUCUAUUGAAGAGAACGAAACUUUAUCUAGAUUACAACCAUUUGCAAUAAUUUGUUCCGACACCAAGGAUAAUAAGACAGGCCAUUACUAUAGGAAAUAUCCUUGGGGGUCAAUCGAGAAUGUUAAUGAUUCCAAAGUGUCAGACUUAUUGAUACUGAAAAAUGUCUUAUUUGGAUCACAUUUACAAGAAUUUAAAGAUACAACCCAGAAUUUGUUAUAUGAGAACUACAGGUCUGAGAAACUGUCAAGUGUCACAUCGGAGAGUCAUGUUAAUUCAAACAACACCAGAUUCAAUGAAAUAACUAAUUCUACAGAAGAUAACAUCGAUAAAAGAGCCAGUGCAGUACCAAGUUUAAGUAAUUUUGCAUCGUUGAUAAAUACGGGUACUAUACCAUCGUCGCAAUCCUUAGCGAAUAAACUGAAUGAAAAUGGUAAUCCAACCACACCAAAGCUGAAAAACUCAUUCGAAGAGAAUGGUGGGAAUUAUAAUGAAAACAACUAUGCUACAACAAGAGAUGAAAAUAAAGAACGUGAAAAUAAUAAUAAUGAUCAACAACAAUCACCAAUUAAACAAAUGUCAGAGGAGAUUAAAUUAGAGAAUCAAAACAUUAUCAAUUCAAUUAAAAAAGAUGCUACAAGGGGAUCCAUGUCGCCAGAUAUUAAUGAAAGAAACAAAUUAAGAAAUAUCUCAGAGACUGUACCAUAUGUGUUACGACAUGAACGUAUCAUUGCAAAACAACAAAAACUAGAAGAGUUAGAAGCACAGUCAGCGAAGGAGUUACAGAGAAGAAUUCAGGAAUUGGAGAAGAAGGCACAAGAACUGAAAUUAAGAGAAAAACAUUUGAAAAAAAGAAAUGUGGCAAGUAGCGAGAGAACAGAUAGCCAAGUAAGAACAACAUCAGUGAAUUCCAUAAGUCAGUUGAAGAAAAAUGAAACGUAUUCAGAUUUAGCAUCGAUUGUAUCGGGGUCGAACAUGAAUUAA